AUGGCAGAUAAUGAACAAAAAGCGAUGCAGCUUAUGGCAGAGGCGGAGAAAAAGUUGAGUUCGUCUAAAUCAUUCCUAGGAUCACUGUUCGGCGGAUCAAGUAAAGUGGAAGAAGCCGUGGAUUGCUACCUCCGAGCAGCCAAUCUUUUUAAGAUGGCCAAGAAGUGGCCUCAAGCUGGUCAAGCCUUCUGUAAUGCUGCUCAACUGCAUAUUAAAGCUGGUGUCCGCCAUGAUGCCGCUACAAACUUUGUUGAUGCUUCUAAUUGUUAUAAGAAGUGUGAUCCUAAUGAGGCCGUGUCCUGUCUGUUGAAGGCGAUUGAAAUCUACACCGACAUGGGUCGGUUUACUGUAGCAGCUAAACAACAUCAGAACAUAGCGGAGCUAUACGAGACCGAGUGCGUGGACCUGGCGCGUGCGAUGCAGCACUACGAGCAGGCGGCCGACUACUUCCGCGGCGAGGAGUCCACCUCCUCCGCCAACAAGUGCAUGCUGAAGCUCGCGCAGUACGCCGCCCAGCUGGAGCACUAUGACAAGGCGAUACAGAUUUAUGAGCAGAUAGCCAAGUCGUCGCUGGACAACAGCCUGCUGAAGUACAGCGCGAAGGAGUACAUGUUCCGCGCGGCGCUGUGCCACCUGUGCGUGGACCUCCUCAACGCGCAGCACGCGCUCGAGAAGUACUGCGCGCUCUACCCCGCCUUCGCCGACACCCGGGAGUGCAAGCUCGUCAAGGAGCUAAUCGAACACCUAGAGGAACAAAACAUGGAUGCGUUCACCGAAUCAGUGAAAACAUACGAUAGUAUAUCUCGCCUCGACCAGUGGUACACCACCAUGCUGGUCCGCAUCAAGAAACAAAUCAACGACAACCCUGAUCUCCGC